AUGCCUCUUAACGUGCAGGUUGCGUCUCUAGUGGCCGGGGUCGUCGCUGUGUUCCUAGCGGGCCUGGAUAGUAUCCCUGCUGUCAAAAGUAUCACCGAUCGGAUCGCACGUAGAUCCUCGCUCCAGGAUGAGACCAGUUUCGCCAAAACCGCCUAUCGCGAUGAGGACGGGGAGGCUUCGCCGGAAUCGCUGAAGGUAUUUUCAGAUCGGUGGCAACGAGUCGCGAUUGCGGUUUUCUCCGGCAGUGGAUUCGUCGUUACGCUCGCUUUGGCCGUUCUCACCACGUUAAACUAUGAGACCGACUAUUUGAUUCUGGCCUGGCUUCAACUGGGGAUUUGGGCCUUCCUUUCUGUUCAAGCUAUUGCGUUCUUCACCGAACCUCGCCCAACGAGUCGAUUCGUGCUGGGUCAAUUUGCUUUCGGUGGCAGUUUGACUGCCCUUGCCGUUACUGGUAUUCAGAUCCGACUGGCAUGGGACUCUCAAAAUGUCAUGCUUCGCGAGCAGCCAUGGAUCACUCUGGUCGCAGCCCAGCUUGCCACUGCGCUUCUGCGUGCACUAUUCACCAUUCUUCUGCCACGCCGGCCUGACGUCUUCUUCGAAGGUAAAAUCGUUGACCGGGAGCUUACAGUAUCGGCCUUUGGCCGUUAUACGUUUUCCUGGGCUGGAAACAUUCUCGGCUAUGCUGUCAAGCACCGGACGCUCGCACUUAGCGACCUCCCAAAGCUCCGGUCGGCAAAGCGUGCAGAAAGCCUUCGCGCGCAUUUUGAACAUGCCAAAGGAUCGCGCAAGAUUUGGAAGGCUCUCGUCUACGCGCACUGGGAUUCGCUGCUGUUUCAACUUUUCCUGACCAUGGUUAUCAGCAUCCUGAGCUUCGGACCUCAGAUGGCUCUCUAUAACAUCCUUAGUUCACUGGAGACUCGUGGAACAGACUUAUUCAAUCCGCUUCAAAUGGCACUUUGGGUUCUUGCACUUGGUGGCUUAAUGUUGCUUCAUUCGACUUUCGAGGCGUGGCUGUUCUGGGCUGUCUGCUCUAAGCUCUUUGUCCCGAUAUAUGCAGAACUGUCAGCUGUCGUUUUUGCCAAGUCUAUGCGCCGCAAAGACGCCAAGAAUACGAAAAAGUCCAAAAACAAGGACGAGCAAAAGGAACCCGCCAAAGCGGUGCUUAAGGAACAGGAUGGUGAUGAGGAGGAAGACGACGAAGCUUCGCUCAAAAAGAGCCGACAAAGCAUUAUUAACCUUGCAGCAGUGGAUGCGAGACGUAUCUCGGAUUUUACUUCUUACGCUUACCUGAUUCCAUUUGCCAGUCUGAAAGUGAUUAUCGGCUGCAGCUUUUUGGUCAAAAUCCUUGGGUGGCGGAGUGCUCUGGCUGGAAUUGCCGUGUCACUGCUCGUCACCCCGCUAAACAUAUUCGCAGCGAAGAAAUAUACCGGCUCACAAGAUAAGCUCAUGAAGCUUCGAGACCAGAAAAUGGCUAUCGUCACAGAGGUCCUUCAAGGAAUUCGUCAAAUCAAGUUUUCCGCCUUGGAAGCGGAAUGGCAAAAGAAGAUUGGCCAAGCUCGAGACGCAGAGCUGGGAGCCUUGUGGAUCUCGUUCCUUUAUGAUAUCGUUCUUUUGGGUAUCUGGAUCCUUGGGCCCAUCGGCCUUUCUGCUAUCUCCCUCGCUGUUUAUGCGUUGCUCAAUGGCGGGCUAACUGCCUCUGUUGCAUUCACUGCAAUGGCCGUCUUUGGUGCCUUGGAGAUGUCUCUAGCUAUUUUGCCCGAGAUCAUUUCCAACGGCCUGGAGGCCAAGGUCAGCGCGGACCGUAUUGAUGUGUACAUGGACUCAGCGGAGAAGAUUGUCAACACCGUGGAUUCUGACAGCAUUUCCUUCGAAGAUGUCUCUGUGGGUUGGCCGGUAGACAAGGCAGAAGACGAAGAGGAGGAUGAAGAUCGUUUCCUCCUGCGGGAGCUGAAUCUCGCUCUCCCUAAGAAGGGCCUCAGUGUAAUUUCCGGACGGACUGGUUCUGGAAAAAGUCUGCUUCUCGCGUCCAUUCUGGGUGAAUGUGAUGUCAUCCAGGGAACCAUCAGAGUUCCUGUUCCACCUCCUAUCAAAGAACGCUUCGACCACCUGGCCACCAGCGCGAAUUGGAUUAUCGACUCGGCUAUUGCAUAUGUUGCGCAAAUUCCAUGGAUUGAGAAUGCUACCAUCAAAGAUAAUAUCCUAUUUGGCUUGCCUUACAAUGAGGAGCGUUAUCAGAAGACCCUCUUCGCAUGCGCCUUGCAGAAGGAUCUGGAGAUGAUGCCUGAUGGUGAACUAACGGAUAUCGGCGCAAACGGCGUCAACCUGAGUGGUGGCCAGCGGUGGCGAGUAUCAUUUGCUCGUGCAUUGUACUCGAGGGCGGGCAUACUCGUGAUGGAUGAUAUCUUUAGUGCCUUGGAUGCCCACACUGGCCGCCACGUUUUUGAGCAUGCUCUAACAGGCGAGCUUGGCCAGGGCCGGACUCGAGUCCUUGUUACUCACCACGUUGCACUGUGUCUCCCGAAGACCGAUUAUUCCGUGCUUCUAGAAAACGGAUGCGUCAAGUACGCGGGAACCGUCGAGGAUCUCCGAAAGGAAAACCACUUGAAUGAUAUUCUCCAGGAAGAGAGUGAAGCGACGGAGGUAGAUCAAAAUGCACCAACCGAGGAGGAGGCAGCCCUUAACCCUGAGGAGACCACUCUCCAGAAAGUCAUCUCAAACACAUCCCGUCGGCGACCAAGUCACUCACAGAAUGAGACUACAGCGAAGGCUGCACCACCUAAGAAGUUCAUCGAGGACGAGCAGCGAGAAGUUGGCUCUGUCCGGCUCUCGGUUUACGCGAGUUACUUUUCGAUGGGUGGUCAUAUCGUUCUCUGGCUGAUCACGAUACUUGUGUAUUUAAGUUAUUCCAGCCUGAUGAUCGGACGGUCUUGGUGGAUCAAUGUCUGGACCAGGUCAUCGUCCAGCACUCAGGUCCAUCCAGAACAAUUUUCUGCCCUGCUGCAACAUAGCAUGUCUACGCAGUCAGCUGAAGAGGAAGAUAAUCUGCAGUGGUGCCUUGGCAUUUAUGUCGGAAUCUCCGUUCUCGCUUGCAUGAUCGGCACGGCCCGUUUCUAUUUCAUCCUCUCAGCAAGCGUCCGCGCCUCUAGAAAUCUAUUCAACCGCCUCACAUAUGCCAUCCUACGUGCACCACUGCGGUGGUUGGAUACAGUUCCCCUUGGGCGUAUCCUCAACCGAUUUACAUCCGAUUUCCACAUGAUCGACUCUCGUAUCGGCUAUGAGAUGGGCUUUUUCUGCUCCCAGGUAUUGGAAGUGUGCGGUAUCUUGGUUGCCGGAGUGCUCGUCUCUCCUUUAGUACUGGUUCUAGCGGGAAUCCUGUUUGUGAUUUGCAUGAAGCUUUCCAUGACCUACUUGGCAGGUGCACGAGAAAUCAAGCGCUUGGAGAGUACUGCGAAGAGUCCCGUGUUCGAACAAUUCGGAUCCAGCCUGGCUGGUUUGGUCACGAUUCGCGCUUUCAGUAAGAGUGAAACUUUUAUCGAGGUCAUCUACAGCAAGAUCAAUGCUCAUGCCCAAGCAUGGUGGACGAUGUGGCUUUUCAACAGAUGGCUUGGUAUUCGUAUGAAUCUUGUUGGCGCGGUGUUCUCGACUAUGACGGCUGCUCUGGUGGUUUCUCUGCCUGGAAUUUCGGCUUCGCUUGCUGGAUUUGCGCUCAGCUUUGCGCUUCAGUGUAAUACUGCGAUUGCUUUUACUCUUCGACAGUAUGCUAACAUCGAACUCAACAUGAAUGCUACCGAGCGUGUCAUUGAGUAUUCGAAGAUCGAGCUUGAGAACCAGGGAGGCGUUGAUGCACCCGCUGCUUGGCCCACAGAGGGUCGUUUGGAGGUCAAUGACCUUGUGGUUGGAUACGCACCAGACCUGCCGCCAGUUCUCAAGGGACUCACCUUCACAGUUGAGAAGAACCAGCGUGUUGGUGUGGUCGGUCGUACUGGCGCGGGCAAGUCGUCAUUGACUCUGGCUCUCUUCCGAUUCCUGGAAGCCCGCCAGGGUCAGAUUCUCAUCGAUGGCCUUGAUGUAUCAAAGAUCACGCUCCACGAUCUCCGGAGUCGUCUUGCCAUCAUUCCGCAAGAUCCUGUCCUCUUCUCUGGUACCGUCCGGUCCAACCUCGAUCCCUUCGACGAGUACAAUAACACCGAGCUGAAGGACGCGUUGGCCCGCGUGCACCUAAUCUCCAGCCCCGUCGAGGACGAUGAGGCAACCCUGACCUCCCAAGCUGCGACGCCGCCGCAGUCUACUGUUAAUGGUGCAACCACGCCUGAUACAGCGACCGCACAGCAGGCUAACACAAACGUAUUCACGUCCCUGUCCGCUCCCAUCUCAGAGGGCGGUCUCAAUCUCUCCCAGGGGCAACGGCAGCUCCUUUGUCUCGCCCGUGCCAUCGUCUCUCGGCCCAAGCUCAUGGUGUUGGACGAGGCCACUUCUGCAGUGGACAUGGAGACCGACGCGUUGAUCCAGCAGUCCAUCCGCGCGGAAUUCGGUCGUAACGCGACAACACUGCUCGUUAUUGCCCAUCGUCUCAGCACUAUUGCUGACUUUGAUCGUAUCCUGGUUAUGGAUGCAGGCAAGGCGGUCGAAUUUGGACCUCCAAAGGAUCUGAUGGGGAUUGAGAAUGGCGUGUUCAAAAAUUUGGUGGACAACAGCGGCGAGAAGGCUGUUUUGGAGAAAAUGAUUUUCGGUGAGCAGUAA